AUGUCUGCGACAGAAGCAAUUAACCACGGCGAGCUGGAGAAGGACAUCGGCACCGUCCCUCAGAACGGCGGCGGCGGUGCCCCCAUGCAGCCCCAGAUGUCCGCCGAAGAGCACCAGGUGGCCCGCGCCGCCGCCCGCUUCGGGUACGGACCUCUCGCCCACGUCAACGACGCCGAGGCAUCUCUCCCCGCCUUCGGGGGCGAGUUCCAGCCCGGUCUGUACAAGCCCGUCGAGGGCCGCAAGUUCGGUAACCCUGCUCCUCUGGGCCUGUGCGCUUUCGCCCUCACCACUUUCGUGCUGAGCGCCAUCAACAUGGGCACCAAGGAUAUCGCGGAACCGAACAUUGUCAUCGCCCUUGCCUUCGGGUAUGGCGGUCUCGUCCAGCUGCUUGCCGGCAUGUGGGAAAUGGCUGUCGGUAACACUUUCGGUGCUACUGCUUUGUCUUCGUACGGUGGCUUCUGGCUCUCUUUCGCCAUUGUCUUGACUCCCGGUGGAUUCGAGAUUGAAAAGACACUACUGGCAGACAGCCCAGCCAAGUUCUACAACUCAAUGGGUCUGUUCUUGAUGGGCUGGUUCAUCUUCACCACCAUCAUGCUGGUCUGCACUCUCAAAUCAACCGUCGCCUUCUUCCUCCUGUUCUUCUUCCUGGACCUCACCUUCCUGCUCCUCGGCAUCUGCUACCUGCAGCAGGUCGACGGUGCCCCCAACAGCAAGGUCCAAAAGGCAGGUGGCUUGUUCGGUCUCCUGGCCGCCUUCGCAGCCUGGUACAACGCCCUGGCCGGUAUCGCCGACACAAGCAACAGCUUCUUCAUCAUCCCCGUCGCUCACUUCCCGUGGUCCGCCACCGGCAAGAGCCGCCGUGGCAAGACCGACUAA